AUAGGCAGGGCAUGCUGGAGAGCUCAUAAUACAUUCUGUAGAUCGUGUACUGAGUGUACAGAGCCCAGUGAUCAGACAGGAAGAUUCCGAAUAGAGCAGUCAAUUUUUUUAUUUUUUUUAUCUUGCAGUUUUAAGCAAAUCACAUACAGUGACGUUAUCAAAGACAUUCCAAACUGGACUUUUCGGGAGUCAUAAAAAGACCAUACCAAAAGCAGAUCAGAAGUGCACACUUUAAGGUAAGGAAAUUGUGAGAGCUUUAGUAGGGUUGUCAAACCUGUUCAUCUGUGUGUGUACGUUGAACAAUCAUCAACAAGCAAGGCAUGAAGACAAAGAAAAGACACACUCCAUUGUUUAUUAAUCCACAUGCAUACUUCGAUUAGACAAGACACCUAUGAAAUAUCCUCUUGAUUCAGUGACAUAGUUUGAAUGCCGAGCAAUGCACGAAUAAUUCUGAAAGAUUCAUUAUCUCGUCUCUGCAAUUCCACUUAAAAAAAAAUCAGCAGGGCGAAUUAAAAGUGCUAUUUGAUGCAACCAGUACUGGAGUGAGGUUAAGAGAAAGACAUAAUGUAUCUCUGCUAUCGAUCAUUGCCUACGAAACUUGCAUUUCUCCAAACCAACUGCAAUUCCUUUUUGUAUGUUCUCCUUCUGUUCCUGAGCAUCUUUGGUGGUGCUUCUGGGGCGUGUCCUCCAGCUUGCAUCUGUGCCAGUGACAUUGUGAGCUGUACAAACAAGAACCUGUCUAUGGUACCCAGGACCAUAUUUAAAUUUAUCAGAAAACUGGAUUUAGGCUACAAUAAAAUUGGGUUUUUAGACCCAGACUGGUUUCCAGUCUUGCUAGAUAAAUUGCAUACUUUAAUCUUAAGUAAUAAUGCUGUAAGCAGCAUAUCCAGUGGGAGCUUCUCUACUAUACCAAAUGUAAGGUACCUCGACUUAUCAUCUAACCAUCUGAAAUCACUGAGCAAUCCAGUUUUUCAGGAACUUAAAAUGUUAGAGGUUCUUUUGCUUUACAACAAUCAGUUAACGCAUAUUGAUGCAGGUGCCUUUGGCGGGCUACAUAAGCUACAGAAACUGUAUCUGAGUCGCAAUUCAUUGUCACAUUUUCCUCUGGACCUCUACAUUGGCCGAAGCAAACUGACAGAACUUGUGUUACUAGACCUUUCUCACAAUAACUUGCAAACAGUGCCUGUCCAACAAAUCAGCCUAAUUCCAGCAAGGCAACUUAGUGGGAUUUACCUACAUGAAAACCCCUUCUCCUGUGACUGUUCUUUAAAUUCCAUGUUAAACUUUUGGUACCAUAGACACUUUAGCCCGGUGGUGGAUUUUAAAAAUGACUAUAUAUGUUUAACAUUAGAUGGAAAGACCAACUCCAGACUGCACCUUAUCCAAGAGAGCUUCCUGAAUUGUUCUGAAAGUGCUAUCAAUGGCUCUUUCCCUGCAUUUGGACUUUUAUAUGAGGUUCAGGUUGGUGAAAGGCUGGUAGUACACUGCGACAGCAAAAUCAUAGACACAAGCACACAGUUUGUCUGGGUCAACCCAGAAGAACAAACCCUGAAACCAGACUACAAGAAUGGCCAUUUUCGCGUUUUUUACAAUGGGAGCCUAGAAAUUGAGGAUGCCCAAAUUGGGGAUUCUGGAGUUUAUUCAUGCAUUGCAAUUAAUGAGAAGAGGUCACUCAAUGAAACCAUAGACAUUCGAAUCACUGUCAGCAAUAUGACCAAUAGCAGAUCUCACGCCCAUGAAGCAUUUAAUACCGCUUUCACUACACUUGCUGCUUGUGUAGUUAGCAUAGUCUUAGUGCUCCUUUAUCUUUACCUCACCCCCUGCAGAUGUUGGUGCAAGUCUAAAAAACAGAAAAGGAAACCCAACCAGAGCAGUGUCCACUCAUCCAUCUUAAGUGCCACUCCAUCGCAUGAUCCACAAGAAGAUAAGAAAUGUAGCACUGGCAAAAGGGUUGUGUUUCUGGAACCUGUCAAAGAAACAGAUUCAGGUCAAAAUGGAAAAGUAAGACUGAUCCCCAGCGAUAAUCUUACAGCUGAAAGCAUCUUAAAGACUAGCAGCAGGUCCAAGUCCGACUCAGAUUCAGUCAGUUCUGUUUUUUCUGAUGGUCCUUUCAUUGCAUCAGUCUAGGGAACCUCUUUUAUAUGCACUUUCAUCUUCAGCUGCAGUCGAUCUUUGAACUUGGAAUAUUUAAGGAAACAGUAACUCAAGUAUACAGUAACUGUCAAGUAUACGUAUAUAACAAAAAAAUGCCUUUAUUCAUCAAACACUAAUUUAUCAAAGGGAAAACGAAUGUACUAUAUUCACUAGCUACAAGCACACAAACUUUACAUUUAAUUCAGGAAUAUACCCUUUUGUCAUGGAAACCUGUAUUCUCUGCCGAUCUGUGUUUUUUACACAAACCAUCUUCCGUUAUAGGAAGAACCGUUUUUAUUCUACAUCUCUGGAAAUUGUAAAGUCCCUCUCUUGUAUUAAUUGACACUGCACUGGACCUAGACCCCAUAACCUCUGUUUUCUGGCUUUAACAUAAGACAAACAGCUGUCUAUAUUGACAGAAUUAAAAGGCACACGUAUAAAACAUAUUUAUCCAAAUAAAUA